AAUGUUCUGCACUGCGACGCCAAAACCGGUGCCCCACCCAAUGGAACUCUGCUGAUCUCCCUUUCCCAUUCGAAACGAUGGCUUCAAAACCCACCAUUUUUUCAGGGCUCGUCCUUGUAACGUGUUUACUUCUGUUCCUAUAUUCCACCAUUCUUCCUUUCUACUCGACCUCCCCACCACUACCAGAGCUUUCAAAUCCAUCUCUCAGAAAAUCUCGAAAGAGCCCGUCAGAGAAAACUAACCUUUUUUCAACUUGCAAUUUGUACAAGGGGCAUUGGGUUCAAGAUCUCAACUAUAAACCCUUGUACGACGAAAACUGCUCAUUUCAUCGGAAUGCUUGGAAUUGCUUGAGAAACAAGAGAGAGAACAUGGAGAAGAUUAAUUCAUGGAGAUGGGUGCCUGAUAAUUGCACUUUUCCACGGAUUGAUCCUUUUGCAUUUCUGGGUUUGAUGAGAAAUAAGAAAAUUGGGUUUGUCGGGGAUUCUUUGAACGAAAAUUUCUUGGUGUCAUUUCUUUGUAUUCUUCGUGUGGCGGACGAAAGUGCGAAGAAGUGGAAGAGGAAGGGUGCUUGGAGAGGAGCGUACUUUCCCAAGUUCAAUGUUACGGUUGCAUACCAUCGGGCCGUUUUGCUUGCCAAAUACGAGUGGCAGCCUAGAAAACAGUUAAAUUUGCCAGAUCAAGAUGGAUUGAAGGGGAUAUAUCGAGUUGAUAUUGAUAUUCCUGCAGACGAUUGGAUUGAGGCCUCCAAGUUCUAUGAUGUCCUAAUUUUUAAUACUGGACACUGGUGGGGAUUUGAUAAAUUUCCAAAAGAGACUCCUCUUGUCUUCUACAGGACAGGGCAACCGAUAAGUCCUCCACUUGGGAUGUUAGAUGGACUUCAGGCUGUCCUUCAAAGUAUGGUCUCUUAUAUUCAAAGGGAAGUUCCUGAUGGGACCCUUAAAUUCUGGCGUUUGCAGUCUCCAAGGCAUUUUUACGGUGGCGACUGGAACCAAAAUGGUAGUUGCUUGUUCAAUGAGCCUCUUGAAGCAGACCAGGUUGACAUGUGGUUUGAUCCCAGGUACAGAGGAGUGAAUAGAGAAGCAAGACAAAUAAAUCAUCUGAUUGAAGAAGCAUUACAGGGCACAGACAUCCAUUUGCUUGAUCUAAGCCAUUUGAGUGAAUUCAGAGCAGAUGCCCAUCCAGCAAUUUGGUUGGGAAAGAAGGACGCAGUCUCUAUCUGGGGUCAGGACUGCAUGCACUGGUGCCUACCUGGAGUCCCCGACACAUGGGUUGAUAUCUUAUCAGCGAUGAUCAGCUAUGGAUUGGAAACUAUGUGAUGAAAGGUCAAACAAAAUUAUUGUCAGCCCAAGUUAAAACCAUUGUUUUGCCAAAAGUGGAUUCAAUUUUCCAUUUUGUGAGGAUGUAGCUACUGAAGGCCGAAUGUAGACUAAAUUUCUUUCAAGCUUAAGAUCUGGCACGGAUGUGAGUGGCUGGCUUUGCAAGAUGAGAGAGAGGCGCACACAAAAGGCAAGUCAUCUUUGUGGAUCUGAACACAAGUAGAAGGAUGUUACAUGGGAGUCCAUAUUUGUUCUUGUGGUUUCUUGGAGAAGGAUGCACAGAUCAUUCGUUUGGGAAGAUGAAAAGUCCAAAGCCACUUGGAAGCAAAGUUUCAGUCCUAUAUCUUCCACUUGAGUAGGUUCUCAUUUAGGAAAAGCAAAGCCAGAUUACUGAAAUAAGUCUCCUUUUGAUUUUGAAGAAAUGCAGGUUAUGAUUUCUAGGUUUAUAUCAUCAUUUUUCUUCUUCUUUCAUUUAAGAUACGUUACUUCUUUUUUUUUCUCUUGUACGGGCAUUUUAACUGUGCAACAGGUUACACACUACAAGUGAGCUAAAUUCAUUUAGUUUCAAUUGAUUUUUUGGGUGAUAGCAUGAAACACAUUUGGAAAUCA